GACACUUCAUAAAUUUCCAGCAGACAUGACAGGCAGGGAGCCAACCUCAGAAACAGAUUUGGAUUGGAAAGCUGGAUGGAAGAAGAGGAGUUUCGGUUUGUUUUUCUUUUUUUGGUUCCCAGUGUCUCUUCCCCACUCGGCCACCCUUUUGGCUAUAUUUAGGAGAGGAAGGGUUUCUUGCUUGAUGCUGGCUGUAUGUAUGCAUCACAAGAACUUCCAAGCAUUUUGAAUGAAGCAAAUCAAUACCAUCAGUAAAUCCGUGACUCCAGUAGCCCUUUUUCAUAUCAAAGAUGCCUGCAAAACUUCUGACCAUGGAGCCUUCUCCAAAUUCCACCCCAUCACCCAAUAUCACGGAUCUGUUCCACAAAUUUGUCCAUCUGGAUGGAGAACUGGCAGAUACAUUUUAUACUCUGUGGAUAGCCCUGGUGGUGGUCAAUGCCGUCAUUUUCCUGGUAGGAGUGGUGUUGAACUCUUUGGCUCUCUACGUCUUCUGCUUCCGCACGAAGACAAAGACCACUUCGGUCAUCUACACGAUCAACCUGAUUGUUACAGACUUGUUGGUGGGCUUCUCCUUGCCCAUCCGGAUCAUCAUGCACUACAGUGCCCCAGACUGUAGGAACUGUGCUCUGAUCCACAUCUUCACCUACUUUGUCAACAUGUACUGCAGCAUCCUUUUCCUUACCUGUAUCUGCAUUGACCGCUUCCUGGCCAUAGUCCAGGUGGAAGCUUCCCGCAAGUGGAGGAACCCCAACUACGCCAAGGGCAUCUGUGCCUUCAUCUGGAUCUUUGCCACAGUGGUCACCUUCUCCAUCCUCACCAUGGCCAUGAAGUUCUCCCACUGCUGCAUUGCCCAGAUCUUGCCCCUGAUGGUCUGCGAGUAUGUCUUCCCACUCAUCAUCAUCACCUUCUUCACCACCAGGAUCAUGUGUGCCCUCUCCAAGCCAACCCUAAUGCACCAGAGUCGGGAAAGGCGGAUGAGAGCUGUGCAACUUCUGAUCACGGUCCUCAUCAUCUUCAUGAUUUGCUUCACUCCAUUCCACGUGCGCCAAUUGGCUAUCUCCAUCAAUCCGGGCAUGUCCAACAACAUCAGCUUGGUUGCCUAUCACGUCACCGUCGCAUUGAGCAGCCUCAACAGCUGCAUGGAUCCUAUUGUCUACUGCUUUGUCACCAACAACUUCCAGUCCACCAUGAAAAACAUCUUCAGGAAGUCUGAGCCUGAACAAACCAGUGGAGAUAUCAUCAGCAUCAACAAGAACUCAGGUUCGAAUGCCAUUAUAGCAUUCACAAAUGUGAUUGGGAACCCUUUGGGCUUGCCUUCACCUAACAGUACAGCAAGCUCCUAGAAGAAGGAAGAGUUCAGUGUAUGUUGAUCAUAAAUGUACAUUGUUGUCAAGCUAUGUGACACUAUCCUCUUUCAUAAGAGUAUCUUAGAACAUCAUGUCAAACUUCAGAAUUCUUUGGGUUCUUCCAUGACACCAUCCAUACAUAUGUGGCAGCUGGAUUUGUCAGGUGGGAAAUGAUGUCAUGAUGUUUCCUCUUCCAGAAUUGUCCUCAGGAUGUAUUCUACAUCCCAAGGAAUGGCAGAGGAAAGAAUAGACGCAGCUACAUCUUUUGACAGUUUUACCUACUUCUCUGUGAUCUUUUGGAGAACAAGAAGCAAAGAAGAAGUGUGUCCAGAGGCUGAUGUUACUAAAGGCUGCUCAGAUUUCCAAAUGCCUACACUAUGGACUGUGACAAGCAGGACAGAAGGGAAUGCAACAAAAACCUUGUAUUUAAACCUUGCAAAUGAUAUGAAACAAUCACAACCUUGGGGAUUUGGGGACAGUGAUUUGAGAAGACAUCGUUCCUGGCCCAAAUCUAAUAUCAGAAUCACAAGGUUAAUAAACAGCAGAACUAAAAGUUUGCCCAGCUUCAUUUUAGAAACACUGUGAUAGAGAAAGCCAUUCCUUAAGAAUGUUGUGGUUUAUUACAAAGGGGAGAGCAAUCUUUUACAUGCGGCCAAAGGGAAUAAAAUCUGGUAUCCCAGUUCUGCACUACGAGUGUGCAAUAAUUGUGGGAAGGGUUGGUUUCAAGGGAUGUGAGUGGGGUUCAAGGGAUAAAGUGCCUACCUAGUUAAGCUAAGGAGCAGGGAACUUGCAUAACAGAAGUGGAAACUGGAGAAUAUUAAGUAAGUACAUCCAAGUUCCUUCACAACCAGAAAUACACAGAGUUCAUUGUUCAGCAAGGAAUCAAAGCCACUGGGGUUUUUUUUUUGACCUUUGGUUAUGUGUACAGUAUACAUUGGCCAUAAACUCACAGUACCAGUGAAUCCUUUGAAUAGCCUGGAUAACAUAAAUCUUUUCUUUCCUUGGAAUAGAGGUCUUUCAUUACCAAUCGGAGCCUAAUGCUUGCGAUUUCUUUCUGUGACAUUGUUGCAACAAGGGGCUCAGAGAGUUCAAGCUCUUGGAGUUUUUUAUUAGCAGGGCUGGGGGUGCAUCUACAUUCUAGAAUCAAAGUAGUUUGAUGCCACUUUAACUGCCAUAAUACUAUGGAUUCAUGGGUGUUGUAUGUACUUUUACAGAGUCUUUCGCCUUCUCCUCCAAAGAAUACUGGUGGCUCACCAAGCUACACCUCCCAGCAUUGCAUAGAAUUGAGCCACAACAGUAAAAAGUGGUAUCAAACUGCAUUAAUUCUAGAGUGUAGAUGCACUUCAUUAUAUAAUUCUCUGUCCCGCUCGGAUUCUAUUGUUGUCAGGUGCCUUCAAUUCAUUUUGGACCUAUGGCGAGCCUAAGGUGAACCUAUCACAGUACUUUCUAAGGCCGAAAGCAUUGACUUGCCCAGAGUAAUCUGACUUACAAAAGUGUUGUCAAAGGCUUUCAUGGCCAGAAUCACUGUGUUGCAGUGAGUUUUCCGGGCUGUAUGGCCAUGUUCAAGAAAAAUUAUCUCCUGAUGUUUCACCACAUCUAUGGCAGGCAUCCUCAGAGGUUGUGAGGUCUGCUGGAAACUAGGCAAGUGGGGUUUGUAUAUCUGUGAAAUGUCUAGGGUGGGAGAAAGAACUCUGCUUAUAUGCUUGAGGCAAGAGUGAACGUUGCAGUUAGCCACCUUGAUUGGCACUGAAUGGCCUUUCAGGUUCAAAGCCUGGCUGCUUCCUGCCUGGGGGAAUCCUUUGUUAGGUGAUGUUAGCUGUUUCUAAGAGACUUCGCAAACCUCUGGGGAUGCCUGCCAUAGAUGCAGGUGAAAUGUCAGGAGAGAAUGCUUCUGGAACAUGGCCAUACAGCCCGGAAAACUCACAGCAACCCUGCUUUACAAAAGACUCAUUCCAGGUGGCGAUGACAGCUGCUAGUUUGACAGAUCUGUAUGCAUUUUGGGACGACUGUCAGGAGGAUAUCCUGUGGUUCAAAAUGUAUGACUGCUCCACUUUCUGAACAUAAUUAUAACUCCACCCUCAGUAUUUAACUGAGAGGAAGAGCAGCAAUGUGUCCUGUUACAAUGGACCAUGGUGAGUGUUCAUAGGCAAAUUGGCGCUAUGCAAAUCCAAUGUAGAAACUAAAGGUUUCGGGGAGGCCUAGUCUUGAACUGGCAAUUCAGACUUCUUAUUCUUGCAAAAAAAAAAACCUGGUACUGAUGAAGAUAAUACCUGCUUUCUUGGGGCUUUUUUAAAGAGCUGUUCUUUGGACUCCGCAUAGGAAUUGUCAUGAUUGGUUAUGUUUAACGAGCUCUAUGUCAGGAAGAGAGUGAAUCUGGUUUUACGUCAAACCUUGCCACUGUUUUCUAAAUGUUUUGAAGAUGCUUUGCUCAGUUUGGAUCAGGAGGGCAUUGUUUUAAACUUUUGGUCAUUGCCACUCAGCAGGCCCCUUGGUGACAGAGAAGUUAUUUGUGGAAUAUUUUCCUAAAUCAAUAAAAUCUUCAUUAAAUAAAUAA